UGGAGGGAGAAUUAUUUCCCUCUCUGCUUCCUGCCAGUAUCAACCAGUCAUUCUGCCUCUAUGGACCCCUUACCAGCUUGUGUUUCCACAGCCUAGCCAGCUGACCAAGUCACUCUUCCCAGGCAAGAGCUGCCAAUAUGGGGGCCCUUCUGUGGUCACUCCUGCUGCUGCUUCAGGAAGCCAAAGGGUUUUCUGGAGAUGAUGAGGAUCCUGAGGAAGUGGUUGGUGUCCUGCAAGAGUCUAUCAACCUCUCUCUGGAAAUACCAUCCAAUGAAGAAAUUAAGCACAUAGACUGGCUCUUUCAAAACAACAUUGCCAUCGUGAAGCCAGGCAAAAAGGGACAGCCAGCCGUUAUCAUGGCAGUGGAUCCUCGAUACCGGGGCAGAGUGAGCAUCUCUGAGUCCAGCUACUCCCUGCAUAUUAGCAAUCUGACCUGGGAAGACUCAGGGCUUUACAACGCCCAAGUCAACUUGAAGACAUCUGAGUCCCACAUCACGAAGUCUUACCAUCUCCGUGUCUACCGGAGGCUGUCAAAGCCCCACAUCACUGUGAACUCUAACAUCUCAGAGGAAGGUGUCUGUAAUAUAUCUCUGACGUGCUCCAUAGAGAGAGCAGGCAUGGACGUGACCUACAUCUGGCUUUCAUCACAGGACAGCACUAACACAUCCCAUGAAGGCUCUGUCCUCAGUACAUCCUGGAGGCCUGGUGACAAAGCUCCUUCCUAUACUUGCAGGGUCAGCAACCCCAUCAGCAACAUCAGUUCCCGUCGCAUCUCUGUUGGGUCCUUCUGUGCAGAUCCUGGAUAUCUGGAGAAGCCUUCAAUGCUCUGCUUACUGGUUAAGAGCUUGUUCCUUCUCCUACUCUUGGCAAUUCUAACUGUGGGACUCUGCCUCUUCCGAGCCCAGAAAAGCUAUGAGACGCCAAGGGUGAGGAAACUCAAGAGAAACCGCAUCAAACUGAGGAAGAAGGGGAAGUCUGGCCCUACUCCCGUCUGAUUGGCUUUUGAGGUCCUCUUCUGAGCUUUGUUUCAGGCUCUAGGGAAAUUCUCUGGGGGACUGGUGGGAUUGGGAUCAGAGUUGAACAUCUAAAAGAGCAGUAUUCCCUGAGAGACACCAUCUGAAAAUAAAGCCAAGUCCCUACCCCUA